ACGAAUUCAGGAUGUUGUCGUGACAGAUCUAACUGUUGCGGGAUGACCGGGAUGACGGAUGCAUCGCUUGUGCAUCGUCUCGAGCAGACUAUUCUCGGCAUUCAAUCACUCCUCGAGGGAGUGUGGCUCUGUGUCACAGAUGGGGACGUCAGGCGCGAGUACCUCUUCUGCUGGAAGUGGAUUGGAGGCUUCUGUGAGCUGAGAAGGAAGCACCUGCAUUGCACCCACUUUGACACCUGCAAAUUUCUCUCUCUCUCUCUGUAUGUGUGCGUGUGUGUGUGUGGUGCAGUGGUGGUGACGAUAGUGAUAAGCCAGGUGAUGGUGCUGCCGCUGGCCAUCCUCUUUCACCUGGUGGGGUGGGGAGAGGCAGCAGCUCUGACGGUCUCUGGUGAAAUGAAUCAAUCGUGUCUGUCAAUCGGCUGACUCUUACUCAGGUGGACUUCAUCACACUGGAGUCGUACGACAUCUCAAAAUACACAUCUGCACUGGCAGGUCAGCACAGCACAGCACAAGUCAAUCCACUCAUCCAUCUCCGCGUUAAUUGACGCCGUCUGUUGUUGGCGUCGUCUGUCUGUUCUGGUAUAUUCUCUCUCUGCAGCCAGGAUGGCGCGCCUUAUGGUCGAUAUAGUCCCGUCACUCUGUCUUGCAUUCCUUGGUAAAACCCAACCAACCAGCCUACGCCUCGCCCCUCCUAAUCGGUGCAGUGCAGACGGAUGCGAUGCCUCAUUCCUUCCGUUGCCUUAAUUGCAGGGUAUCCACUCGAGCGUGCCUUCUUCGCCGUGCUAGCGAGUGUCAGCCCCACUGACCACUCCACACUCAGCGCCAUGACGAGGCUGCCGCGGGACCCCUUCCAGUUUCUGUGGCGAUUGAUGCGGCGGCUGGCGAGAGGGGCGCUUUUCUCCCUGCUGCUGGGGCUGCUCUAUGGGCUGCCGAUCAAAGGCGUGUAUGCUGUCGUCGUGUUGGUGAUGGAGGUGGUGCUCGCCACCACAUUCACCGGUAGGUGGGUCAGUGCACACAGUCAGCACACACACCCGACAAGUGCACAUCUUCCUGUGUCUGUGCUCUGUCGGCUGUCAGGUCCCUAUGCGGCCCUCGUCGCCUUCCUGAUCGCUUUCUUCUUCCCACAGGCCAAGCCACUGACCCUCCGGCUGCUCAACAUCUUUCAUGUCGCCACUCUCUCGUCGGCAGACUUCCUCGACCCAUAUCUUGCUCGUCACUACAGCAACGACCAGAAGAGCUACCGGCGGCAAAAGCGAUUCCUGCGUGAGAAUCAGGGGCUGGUGAUGCCCUUUGGUAUGGUGUUUGUGGCGCUGGGGGCGGUGAGGGGGGUGGGGCCGCUCAUGUGUUUGGUCAGUGUGCCUGCAUCGGCUGCAUUGGUGCCUCACUUGCGGAGGGGGGAUGAUGAAUGAAGUGAUUGGUUGCUGAGAGGGUGAUUGAUAGAUAGGGCGUUGCUGUCUUGUGUUUGGAGUGGUGGUCUGUCUGCUUGUGUGUAUAGGGUAGGCCUUCCAUCGUCAUGGGUGGCCGGGGCCUUGUACAUUCCUCUUGUUUCUUCGAAUGAGGGAGACACAGAGUCGG